AUGAACUUUCCGUCUGUAGGCUUGAGAAGAGUGGAGAACCGGUUCGACGAGCAAAUCGCCCACUACCUUCGAAAGAAGCAGCAACUGCGCCACUUGAAGGAGGCGCUCGACGAAAUGCCCGAAGGCGAAUUCUGUACCUUCCAUCCAGCUGUGAAUCCUCCUCCAAAGUACCUUCAGAAUUGCCCUCGCCGCACGCGGGCGCCGAACGAUCCCUUGGUCAUCCUCGAGCGCUUCUGCAGCCAGCUCACAGAAGACCGCGAAUACCCCAAGCUAGUGGAGGCGAUCCGAGAAUGCACGUUUCAGCCCAACAUACACAAAUUCGUCGCGAAGGAGAAAAAAACGCAACAGGCCGUGGUGGAAAUUCAGUCCGAGGCCAAAGCUGACGCCAAAAAGUGCGCAGUGGGCGUCGCUCAAGGCAAGCUCGGGGCAGCCAAAGGCCGUUCAGGGGAAUUUGACGACGCCGUCGACGGCUCACCCAGCACCCAGAAUCGCGUUGAUUCUCUCUUCAACACUCUCGACCAGCCUUUCAACUAUAUAUUCGCGGCGGAUAUUAAGCAGUGGCUGAAGACUGAGGCGGACAACUACAGCGCUUCGGACGAAGAGGCCGUGGAAAAGAAGAAGCAACAAGGAUGGAAGCGGUGGGAAGUGGAGGGUCGGACUCCCCAGUACCGGGGCCCCUUCAAGGACCGGUCUCGCCAGAGACUUCUCGCCCAAGGCAGCGGCGAGCUGGUGGUCGACACGCAGGAGGUGGCACACACGAGGACGCCUUCAGUGGCUCCCAAGCGCCGCUCAACGCCUUACAACGAGUGGGUAGACGGCCUGCGAGGCGGAUACGUACCUAACGAUAUGGACUUCCACGUGGGCCCCUCGGAACGAGGAAACGAGAAGAAACUGGAAAGAUACGAAAUGCGAGACUGGAGUCGCUACAUUCGCCUCGACGAGCGGGCGGUAGAGACGCGUGUGAUUCCGAACGAGGAGAUCAUCGACGCCAUAUGCGAGUCAGAGCUGCCCUCCGCAGUGCCGCCUCCGCCGACGAUUUGGGUGCGACGACGCCGGUGGGUGCCCGGCGCCGAACGGGGUCCCGACGCGGCGACUUACACCGCGACGCACUUCCACACGGGCGACGAGCAGGUCGCGGGCCUUGUGCCGGCUGGAAAGCCCGCGGCGCUUACUCGGCAGCAGGCGAAGGCCUUCAAGAAGCCGUUCCCGCAGCCUGAGCCGACGACCUUUGUGGUGCCGACGCCCCUUAAGCUCGAUCGCCUGCGGCAAAAGUACCGACUAUACAUGCAGCUGCGAAACGGCACAGAAGUUGGCGAGAUCCGCACGCCGCCGCGAGUCGUUGCCCUUCGCAAAGACGUGCUCAAAGACAUCGAAGCCGAGGUCCUGCGCGAGCCGCCUUCCCUCGUGCUAGCCGACGCCGAUGGAGACUCCUCAGCGCCCAGUACUGCUGAGACUGACGAGUCGGAUUCCGAGGCCGGUGCAAUUUGA